UCCUUAAAUCGGGCUCUAGCUCACUUAGGGGGCUUGGUGGUGGUGUGUGAGAGGGGGAAGAGGUGGAGCUCUGCUAUCAGAGCUGUGAUGAAGUCCUUGAACGCAUCGCGAUCAAAAGUACCAGCAGAGCGCUGAGUGACAGUCCUGCUCCACGGUAGCUGCUCCGCGCCAGAGAAACCAGAGCAGAGCCGAGCGAGGCAGGGGUGGGGGGACACGCACAGAGACCGCGUGCAGCAGGAUGGGCUCCGCGCACCGCGAUGUGCAGUAAUUGGGAUUAAACCUACCGGACGGCGCUUGGAAACACUCACAGCAGCAGCAGCAGUAGUAAUAGUAGUAGUAGUAGUAGUAGUGGAGAGCAGGGGGAGCUCCGCCGCAUGUGCUCUUCUGUGUGCGCCUGAAAGAACUUGUUUUGCUCCGUGCGCUGGGCAAAAAUCGACCCCCUCCUCCUUCAGAGAAAGAAGCGACCCGGCGGUCAUAAACAAACACGGGUUCAGAUUUAAGCUCCGGGACUCGCAGUUGCAGCAACCCCAAACCGACCUCUGACUCUCCUCUCACAUGCCAGCGCCGGUGUGGGGGAGAGAGGCAGAGGAGAGGAGCCGGAGGAUGUUUGGAUCAGCUCGCUGAACUCGCACAAACACCGACGAGGAAAACGACAAGAAGUCGCGCUGGUUUUUCACGUGGGGGUUUAAAAUAAAGAGAGAGAGGAGGAGAGAGAUCGGAGGGUGUCAUGGAGAGCCAAGCGGGCGAGCAGCACAGCCACGAGGACGUGCGGAAGAGCGGCUACCUCCGCAAGCACAAGUCCAUGCACCGGCGGUACUUCGUGCUCCGCGCCGCCUCGGAGCGCGGUCCGGCCCGCCUGGAGUACUACGAGAGCGAGAAGAAAUUCCGGGGCAAGGCCCCCGUCCCGAAGAAAGUGGUGGCGCUGGAGACCUGCUUCAACAUAAACAAGCGGGCCGACUCCAAGAACAAGCAUAUGAUCGUGCUGUACACCCGGGCAGAGAGCUUCGCCGUGGCCGCGGAGAACGAGGCGGACCAGGACGAGUGGUACCAGGCCAUGGUGGAGCUGCAGUGCAGGAGUAAGAAUCCUAAUGACGGCAGCGGUGCAGGAGACUAUGGAGUGCCUAAUCCUGGUCCAGCAUUCAAAGAGGUAUGGCAGGUAAAGGUAUGGCCCAAAGGCCUGGGUCAAGCCAAGAACCUGGUUGGCAUCUACCGCCUUUGCCUGACUGACAAGACGGUGAACUUUGUGAAGCUCAACUCUGAUGCUGCCGCCGUGGUGCUGCAGCUGAUGAACGUGAGACGCUGCGGCCAUUCAGAAAACUUCUUCUUCGUUGAGGUGGGACGCUCUGCGGUGACAGGCCCGGGCGAGUUCUGGAUGCAGGUGGAUGAUUCAGUAGUCGCCCAAAACAUGCAUGAAACCUUGCUAGAGGCCAUGAAGGCAUUGAGUGAGGAGUUCCGCCAGCGCAGCAAGUCUCAGUCCAACUCUGGCCCUGGAGGAGGUGCUACUGCUUCUAACCCCAUCAGUGUUCCCUCACGCCGCCACCAUCCAAACCCUCCUCCUAGCCAGGUUGGCUUCGCCCGCCGGUCCCGAACUGAGCCCCCUGGAGGAACUAACAGUGGAGCACCCAUCAACUGUGCCAACGCUUCUCCCACGCCAAGGCAUAGCUUCCCAAGGUCUCGCACUGCAAGUGAUGGGGGGAAAGGGGAGGAUGGGAUAACAGGUGCCACACCGAUCCAUGGUGUGAACUCCAGCCCCUCCACCAAUGGCUCUACCACCCCAAUCCUCAGAUCAAAAUCAGCUCGUUCAGCACCCACCACAACUGCUAAAACUCCUUUAGGGUUGAUGCGCUCUAUCUCGACCCCGGCUCCUUCCCCAGCUCCAAGUCUGUCCUCUAGCUCUGGUCAUGGCUCAGAGUUUGGAGGCUUAACGUCUUGUGCUGGUGCUCCGGGGUCUGGAGCCUACAGUCGUAUUCCCUCUCAUCGAGCCUCUGUCUCAGGCUCACCCAGUGACUACGGCUCCUCAGACGAGUAUGGUUCAAGUCCUGGAGAUCACACGCUCCUACCUUCUCCUAGCCUCCCUGGAAGCUCUGUUGGCAGUGUCAGUAGUCAGUCCCUCAGUGAAGAUGGAGCCAACUAUAUCCUAAUGGGCCAACGUGGUAGCAGUGGUGGUGGCAACAGUAAUCAAGGAAGUGGCUCCCAGCCAACACCAGGAACACCAACCUCUGGCUCCCAAACUAAAAGAGUUCUACGCCGCUCCUUCAGCCGAGAAUGUGAAGCUGAACGCAGGCUGCUGAGCAAGCGGGCCUCCUUACCUCCUAUGGCCCUGGAAAGGCUGGCUCCACGUCAGCGCAGAGCCGAGGAGCCAGCGGAUGACGAUUCGGCCGAUUACGCUAUCAUGUCAAGAAGCACGAGCAGAGAGUCUUUUACUUCCACCUGCUCUUCUACACAGAAGGAAUCUGCCAUGAGUGCUGGGUCAGCAGGGGGAGGAGGCGGGUACUUGGACGUGGCAGGAGAGUUUAAAGCUGAAGGCAGUGGAGGAGCAGGUGGUAGUGUAGAUUUAGGCGUGGACAAUGGGUACAUGUCUAUGCUACCUGGAGUUACUCAGCCUCCGACGUCCCUUUCCCAGUCACUGGCCGUUUCGGUCCCUGACUCAGACACCAAACCUGCUGAUGAUUACAUGGCCAUGACUCCUAACAACAGCGUGUCUCCUCCACAGCAGAUUCGACCUCCACCAACUUCUGAUGGCUAUAUGAUAAUGUCCCCUAAUAGCAGCUGCUCCCCUGACCAGCGUGGAGGUCUCUCCGGCGGGGCUUGGGUGGGCAGUGGCAGUGCAGACAGCAGGCCAGGCAGUGACUAUAUGAACAUGUCUCCAAUUAGUGCACGUUCUGUAAACGGCAGUCCCCCACCUCCUGAGCACUCAUCACAUUUGGAGAUCAGUCCGCACCAACAUGGUCCCAAGAUGGUGUACUCUUACUAUUCCCUACCCAGGUCUUAUAAACAUAACCCCUCUACCGGACACUUUGAUGAUGGUCCUGGACGAGGAAGAAGGCCCAAUGGGAGUUCUAGGAGGGGAAUGGGUGGCGGUAAACCUAUUAGAGGGCUUCAGGAGCAAGCAGCAGUUGGUAAUGCAGUAGUUGGACGCCACCUGUCUCUCUCGUCUUCCUCGUACUCCUCCAGCUCAGCCAGCAGUGAAAGUCUGGGUGAGAGCGACGAGCGAACUACCCAGGCUUUGAGUAACGUGACUGGGGGAACUCAGUCCAAGGAUGGGAAUAAGCAGCAGCAGAGAAGGGGCUCUGGUGGGUUGUCCAAGCAGGGUAGCUAUACUAGAAGCAGACCUGUUAGCCUGUUUGUUGACGUAUCCAAAGCGAAUACUCUUCCUAGAGUUCGUGAGAACCCUCUGCCACCAGAACCUAAGAGCCCUGGGGAGUAUGUAAGCAUUGAAUUCAAGGGGGAGAAGAGCAAACCGACUGGGAUAGGAUUAGGUCGUGGUAGGGGUCUAAGGCAUGGCUUAUCGCUGCCUCAUGGCUCCAGCAGCCAGCAGCCUCAACACAAGUCAUCUUCUUCCUUUGGAAACUUUAUACCCCUUUCCCGUAGCCCAUCUGCCCCUAUCACUCCACCAGCUGCCUCUGAGUACGUCAACAUGGACCUGGGCCCUUCUCCAUCGCCCUCACCCCUCUCUCUUACCCCGCUGGUUUUCCCCUCUUUCCAUACCCCUCCCACACCCCCAACGCUUGCUCAUGCCCCUAAACCCUGUAAUGAGGAUAAUACUGAACCUCAUGAAGAUGAGGUUGAAGUGGCAGAGGCCCCACUUAGGAAAAACAGAGAAAGCGUUCCAUCAGUGACCAAAUCCGAGUCUCCUACAUCAUGUGGAGACUACACAGAGAUGGCCUUCAGUUUGAAUAACAACCCUGUCCCCCGGUCAUCAUCUAGUGUCUCCCCAAAAGGCCCAUCUCCCACCAGGGAUGAUACAUCUGUGCUGCCACGGGGUCUAGACUUUCCCCUAUCCAAAACAGGACCCAACCCAGACCAGGGAGCUAAAGUUAUCCGGGCCGACCCCCAAGGACGCAGACGGCACUGCUCAGAAACCUUCCUUGCCUCAACUUCCCUCUCCACCUCUACCUCGACUUCUUCCUCAACUGCUUCCCUCUUUCCUGAACACCAGUCUGUAGCUCGCCGGCUGGGCUUUGAAAGCAUGCUGUGGGGCAAUGGUGUUGUGACUGAAUCUCCCACUCAGUUCCCCCUUCCUGGACAGCAAUCUCUUCCCACAAAUGCUCAGACCUCAUCUGCAGAGCAAGGCCUUAACUACAUAGACUUGGAUUUGGCCAACAAGGAGAGCCCCCACAUGGGACUGGAUGGGCCCUCUGGCAGCCAGGCCCCAUCUCGCCUCUUCUCUGGACUUGGUUCUGGUUCUGUGGUGGGGGCGGCAGGCACAUCAGUCGGCAGCAGCGGCAGUGGCAGCUCCAGCCUGAACACGUACGCCAGCAUUGACUUCUACAAAUCAGAGGAGCUGCGGACACACCAAAAUGGAAGCAAGGAGGGAACUGAGUGCUGAUGUCGGUGAAUCGUCCGUGGGGAAAACAAAGGCUCCGCCUUCAUUUUGUGGCAACCUAUCGCAUCGAGAGAGCAGCUGGAUCGGACACGGUCCUCAAGCACUUUGUCAGUGACUGAUGGAAGACUUCUUUUCUCUUUUUUUUCCUCUUCGCUUUCAUCUAGUUGGUUGUGGAAACCAACAGGGAUGUGUGCCAAAUGACAUUCUUAAAAAGCUAUUUGCUGCUCUCAUUCCUUGAGUGAAACCCGUCAGAGGAG